UGGCCUUGCCGCCCCGAGUCGCCACGAAACCGCAGGGUCCUGUUGUCCCGGCGAUCCAGCCCACUGCCCCACUCCUUGCGUCGCGGCGAAGCUCUGAUCCUUCCUGUCCCUGUUCGCCAUGGCCGCCACCGUCGCCGUGGAGAACCUCAACCCCAAGGUCUUAAAAUGUGAAUAUGCAGUACGUGGGGAGAUUGUCAUUCAUGCUCAGCACUUGCAGCAACAGCUACAAACUCAACCAGGGUCUCUUCCUUUUGAUGAGAUCCUCUACUGCAACAUUGGGAAUCCUCAAUCUCUUGGUCAGCAACCAGUGACAUUCUUCAGGGAGGUUCUUGCUCUUUGUGAUCAUCCAUGCUUGUUGGAAAAAGAGGAAACUAAAUCAUUGUUCAGUGCUGAUGCUAUUUCUCGAGCAAAGCAGAUUCUUUCUACUAUUCCAGGAAGAGCAACCGGUGCAUACAGUCACAGCCAGGGUAUCAAAGGACUCCGUGAUGCAAUUGCUGCUGGGAUUGCGUCACGUGAUGGAUUCCCUGCAAAUGCAGAUGACAUUUUUGUAACUGACGGCGCAAGUCCUGGGGUGCACAUGAUGAUGCAAUUACUGAUAAGGAAUGAGAAAGAUGGCAUUCUGUGCCCAAUUCCUCAGUACCCUUUGUACUCAGCCUCCAUAGCUCUUCAUGGUGGAACUCUUGUUCCCUAUUACCUUGAUGAAAAAACCGGGUGGGGUUUGGAGAUCUCUGAUCUUAAGAAGCAACUUGAAGAUGCUCGGUCUAAAGGCAUUGAUGUUAGGGCCUUGGUGGUUAUCAAUCCUGGAAAUCCAACUGGGCAGGUUCUUGCUGAGGACAACCAAUGUGACAUAGUGAGAUUCUGCAAAAAUGAGGGCCUUGUUCUUCUAGCUGAUGAGGUAUAUCAAGAGAACAUCUAUGUUGAUGACAAGAAAUUUAACUCUUUCAAGAAGAUAGCAAGAUCCGUUGGAUAUGGCGAGGAUGAUCUCCCUCUAGUAUCAUUUCAGUCUGUUUCUAAAGGAUAUUAUGGUGAGUGUGGUAAAAGAGGAGGCUACAUGGAGAUUACUGGCUUCAGUGCUCCCGUAAGGGAGCAGAUCUACAAGAUAGCUUCGGUGAACUUAUGCUCCAAUAUCACUGGUCAAAUCCUUGCCAGCCUUGUCAUGAAUCCACCAAAGGUCGGGGACGAAUCAUAUGCUGCCUACAAGGCAGAGAAAGAUGGAAUCCUUCAAUCUUUAGCUCGUCGUGCAAAGGCAUUGGAGGAUGCAUUCAACAAUCUUGAGGGAAUUUCGUGUAACAAGGCUGAAGGAGCAAUGUACCUUUUCCCUCAGAUUCAUCUGCCAAAGAAGGCAAUUGAGGCUGCUAAAGCAGCUAAUAAAGCACCUGAUGCAUUCUAUGCUCUCCGUCUCCUUGAAUCAACUGGAAUUGUUGUGGUCCCUGGAUCCGGGUUUGGCCAAGUUCCCGGAACAUGGCAUAUCAGGUGCACGAUCCUGCCGCAGGAAGACAAGAUCCCCGCCGUGAUCACCCGCUUCAAGGCGUUCCAUGAGGCGUUCAUGGCCGAGUACCGCGACUAAGCUGUUACACCCUGUGAAUGAAGAUGGAGUCAUGUAAUUUGUUUCUUGUAAUAUCGGUCUGUAAUCUGAACUCAAACUCUCUUGCUUCCUCCCUUAAAUGAGAGUGCAGUGCUCCUGCAAACUUUUCAAAAAAAAAAAGAAGGUGGGGUCGUGUGGACGCGCCUUCCUUUUCA